CAUGGGAGAAAACGUCAAGCAAUUUUUGCAUACAUGGCUUAUGCAGAAGAAGAAGUUAAGCCCUCAGUAUCAGUAUAGAGCAUCCGGUAGUAAGCAUAGACAGCGUUUUACUUGCGAAUUAAAAGUUCAAGGUUAUGAUUAUAUUGGAAUUGGGAAUUCUACGAAUAAAAAAGAUGCUCAAAGUAAUGCAGCGGAUGAUUUUAUUAAUUUUCUUGUACGUUUAAGCGAAAUUUCGGAAAUUGAAGUAUCUUCAAUAGCCAGGCCAAAUAGAAGUACCAAUUCUGCACACUCUUCAAAUGGAGCUCUCCAAAUCGAUUCACAAAACCCCCAUUCUUCUCGAUCAGCGGAAUCUACCGAUUGUAAUUUAAGUAAUUUAAAUAGUGAAAAGACUGAUGUACCGUCUAGUUAUUUAAUGGCUUUACAAAAUAAAAAGAACGUUGAAGCCAAUGAAGAAGUUGACUUAACGGCUGCAAUUCACGGUAACUGGACAAUGGAUAAUGCUAAAUCGAGAUUAAAUGAAUAUUUUCAAAAAAAUCACAUUAAAGCUGAUUAUCAGUACUCAACUCUGGGGCCAGAUCAUAAUAGGAGUUUUAUAGCUGAAAUGAAGAUUUACAUAAGUAAAUUGGGAAGAAGCCUUAUUGGAAGAGAGCAUGGCUCUAACAAGCAAAUAGCUUCGAAAAAUUGCGCUCUGUCUCUUGUGCGUCAACUAUUUCAUUUCGGUAUUAUUGAACAAUAUGAUGGUGAGAAGAAGAAAUGUACGACAAUGGAAAUUCUACCGUACGAAAUGAAAAUAUCAGAAGAAUUAGAAGCUGAGAUCGACGAGGUUCUUUCUUCGUUUAAUAUAACACCUCAAGAUGUUGGACUCUCUGAAGAUACUCCGUCGCAAUUGAUAAGUGAUGUAGUUGUAGAUUCAUUCGAAGAAGUAGAUGAACCUUUCUCUAACGGAACUGUGCAAUGGUCACCCCCUCAAAGGAAUUGGAAUGCCUGGAAAGCAAUGAAUAUUGACGAAGGCCCCCUAGCCCAUAAAAAUUUAGACUCAAUCAGCUUGGAUUUACUAAAUGACUUUCAUGAACAGCAAACAGAAGCGGAGUUUGGCAGGAGGAAAAAAUUUCGUGAACAACUACCCGUACACUCUUUAAAAGAUGUAAUUAUUGACAAAAUAGAAAAGAAUUCUGUUGUUUUGAUUAGGGGAGAAACCGGUUCUGGAAAAACAACUCAAAUACCUCAAUAUGUUUUGGAACAUUUUAUUAAAAUGGGUAAAGGUUGUUCUUGCAACAUUGUUAUAACUCAACCUAGAAGGAUUAGUGCUAUAUCAAUAGCUGAAAGAGUUAGCUAUGAAAGGUGCGAAACUUUAGGUACAUCUGUUGGAUAUAGUGUACGCUUCGAAUCAGUAUUACCAAGGCCAUUUGGAAGUAUGCUAUAUUGCACCAUAGGAAGUCUAUUGCGUAAGCUCGAGAAUGGCAUGCGAGGAAUUUCUCAUGUAUUUGUUGAUGAAAUUCAUGAAAGAGACUUAAAUACUGAUUUUUUAUUAGUUAUCUUGAGGGAUAUGGUUAGAUCCUAUCCACAGUUACGAGUCGUAUUAAUGUCGGCAACAGUUGACACUUCACUUUUUACGGAUUAUUUUGGCUCAGUGGAAAUUGUUCAGGUUCAUGGUCGCCAACAUCCAGUAACAAGAUAUUUCCUCGAGGAUAUUGUGGAAAUGUUGAAUUUCAAGCCAACACCUGAUACUUUUCGAACAAAAAAACGAAAGAGGCCAAAUUCAUUUUUACCCGUUGGAGAGGAUGACGAUGACGAAGACAAUUUAGUUUUGGGGCGUGAAGAUCCGGAAAAUAUGAAUUUAAAAGUUUCAGAAGAAUAUAGUGCAGAAACUCGAAAGAGCGUUUCCUUGUUAAGUGAAAGAGAGAUAUCCGUAGAACUCUUUGAAUCUUUGCUCAUACAUAUCAAGAGUUUAAAUAUACCUGGAUCUAUUCUUGUUUUUUUGCCUGGUUGGAAUUGGAUAGUCAUGCUUCAAAAAUAUCUUCAGCAACACGCGACGUUUGGUAGCAGUAAUUAUAUUAUUCUUCCAUUACAUUCUCAGGUACCAAGGGAAGAUCAGAGAAAAGUUUUUGAGCAUGUUAAUGAUGGUGUUACGAAAAUUAUUUUAUCUACGAAUAUUGCUGAGACUUCAAUAACAAUCGAUGAUGUCAGUUUUGUAAUAGAUUCUUGCAAAGUGAAAAGGAAACUGUUUACAACUCACAAUAAUAUGACAAACUAUACAACCGUAUGGGCCUCUAGAACUAGUUUAGAGCAACGUCGGGGAAGAGCGGGCAGAGUUAGGCCGGGAAAGUGUUUUGUUCUUUGCACGAAGGCAAGAUUUUUCCAUUUGGACGAGCAUUCAAUUCCAGAAAUAUUGCGAACUCCCUUACAUGAAAUUGCUUUGAGUAUUAAGCUAUUACGCUUAGGAUCAAUUGGUACUUUUCUAGCGAAAACCGUAGAACCACCAUCGAUAGAUACGGUCAUUGAGGCGGAAGUUGUUUUAAAAAACCUGAAGGCUCUUGAUUCUAAAUGUGAGUUAACCCCUCUGGGUCGAAUACUUGCUCGCCUGCCAAUAGAACCUCGGCUAGGAGUAAUGAUUAUGUAUUGUUGCGCUUUUUCUUGCACUGACAUGGCAUGCACAAUUGCAGCUAUGAGCACUUUUCCAGAGCCAUUCAUUAUUCCACCCCAAAGAAAAGGAAAAUUACUCAAUCAACAUAGAAGUAUGGCGGGGGAUAGAUUUAGUGAUCAUGUCGCCUUACUGAAAGCUUACGAUCUAUGGUAUCAGGCAUGCUUAAAUGGGGAACAAGAAGAGUCAUCUUUUUGUGAAUAUAAAUCUUUGAAUAUUGGAAAUUUAAGAAUGGCUUCUGAAGCAAAACAACAACUUAUUGAUAUUCUUAUAAACAGCGGGUUUUCCGAGGAAAGUUUUAAUUCAGUAGAUAUAAAUCCAUAUGGCCCUGACGAAAAUUUGGAUACAGUUACCGCCUUUUUGGCUUAUGCUGUUUAUCCCAACGUUUGUGUUUAUAAGAAAAGACGGCAAGUAAUUACAACCGAAAAUAAAUCAGCUCUCAUACAUAAAUCAUCCGUAAACUGCGUUCAAGAUGAUCUGGUACCUUCCUCACCAUUUUUUGUGUUUGGAGAGAAGAUUAGAACAAAAGCAGUAUCAUGCAAACAAAUGACUAUGGUUACUCCCAUACAUCUAUUGUUGCUAUGUGUUCGUUCAGUGAAAGCUUGGGGGGAAGAAAACGUUUUACUAGAUGAUUGGAUUAGAGUGAAAAUUAAAACUACAGUUGCUGCAAAGAUAACUGCUUUACGACCAGCCAUUGAAUCUUUGAUUAUAAGAAUAGCAUCAAAUCCUGAGAAUGCUGUGUAUGACAAUGUUUCUCAUCAAAAAUUACUUAAUCUGGCUCGAAAAUUGUUUAGAAGAGAGUCUGUAACUUCCCAUGCUGAUAAUAAAAUAAAUCAAACUCGUAUACCUUUACAAACUCCAAUGGAUCACACUCUAAAGCGAGGCUGUUACAGACACUACCAAUCUUGGCCAAGAAAUAGAGGUCAAAGAGAUCAACAAGGUGCAUGGAGAUAUCCCCCAGGUCAAGGAUCUCGCAUAAACUUUCGCCCUGAUAUUGCUCAAUUUCCUCAGAAGUCUGAAGUACAAUUCCAGUUUCCAGAAAAUUCUGAAUCAGAAGUGUCACGUUUACCAAACGAACAUUUAAUCUCAAGGGGGGCUGAAAGCGAUAAUAUAUCGCCAAAUCAUAGUGUACCUUUGUUACCAGAUGCGAAUUUUAGAAACCCUUUUAGAGGAAGAAGCUGUGAGUUUAUCAGAAGGCCAUACGACAAUCGUCGCAACUUCAGUCGGCCAUAUAGAAAACCAUUCCGACGUGGAUGUUGGUAA